AUGGGCGAAGAUGCUCCAUACUAUGCUAAUUAUGCUGUAGUAACUUCCUCUAAACUAUCUCUUGCACCGUAUAUUAGAUCAUAUGUUCUAACUGAAAUAGAAAAGUUUCUUACAAAUGCUGGCCACUGUCUAUCACAUUUCCAUUUACCCCAGCCUUCUAUAGACAUCACAUCUAGCUUUGGCAAUAGGCUUAUAAUGGAUGAGCUUGCAUAUGAUGUGGAAACAAUAUUAGCUGAUGCAAGUGAGCAGCUCAGUAGGCUGAAUCUGAACCAGAAAUCUAUAUAUGAUGCAAUUCUCAACUCAGUGAAUAUUAUUGUUGGUAAGACAUUCUUCAUAUAUGGCUAUGGUGGCACGGGGAAAACAUUUCUUUGGAACACCCUUCUUAACAAUAUCAGAGCUCAAGGAAAAAUUGCUUUGGCUGUCACCUCUUCAGGUAUAGCAGCACUUUUAUUGCCAGGUGAUCGUACAUCACACUCCCGCUUCAAGAUACCCUUGGAUAUACAUGAGCAUUCAGUUUGUAGUAUUAAGAAAAACACUCACCUUUCAGAAUUGAUACAACAGUCAUCCUUAAUCAUAUGGGAUGAAGCUCCAGUAAAUCAUAAGCAUUGCUUCGAGGCCCUUGAUCGAACACUAAGAGAUAUUCAAGCAUCAAAUGAUCCAACGCUUGGUAAGAAACAAUUCAGAGGUAUCACAGUUGUUCUUGAAGGUGACUUUAGGCAAAUGCUUCCAGCAAUACCCAAUGCAAGGAAGAAUGAGAUAUUAAGUUCAUCAAUCACACGCUCCUAUUUGUGGCAUCAAUGCAAUGUAAUGUAUCUUACAGAGAAUAUGAGACUUCAAUCACCUACAUUAUCUGAUGUAGAAAGGGAACAUCUUCAAGCAUUUGCUAAAUGGUUACUAUCUGUUAGCGAUGGAACAGUAGCUGAUAGUUCUCCCACUGAUCAAAGUGAUACUACAUGGAUUAAAAUCCCAGAAUAUUUACUCUUACCACCUGAAUCAAGAAGCCUAAUGGGAUUAAUUUCUUAUGUCUACAAUGCCCUGGACAUACUAGAUCCAACUUCUUACUUCUGUGAACGAGCAAUCUUAGCUCCAACAAAUGAAAUUGCUGCUUCCAUUAACUCUCAGAUGAUUUUGCAUCUAGCAACGGUAGAGAUGUCAUAUUAUAGCUCAGAUUCUAUUGACGACAAUACAAGUAACCAUGCUGCACUUGAAGCCCUUUAUCCUAUAGAAUUUCUCAACACUGUGCAGAUUGCUGGACUCCCGGAACACCACUUGCAACUAAAGAUAGGAGUUCCCAUAAUGCUGCUACGUAAUCUCAACCCAUCUAAAGGUUUGUGCAAUGGCACAAGGCUUAUAGUUACUCAGCUAACUCACCAUAUCAUUGAAGGGGAAAUAAUUACAGGAAAAGCUAAAGGAUCUAAGGCAUACAUAUCGAGAAUAGUAUGUACUUCAGUUGAUAAGAAAUUGCCUUUUAGGAUAAAACGAAGGCAAUUUCCAGUCCGAGUUUCAUAUGUCAUGACCAUAAACAAGAGCCAGGGUCAAACGCUUAGAAGAGUUGGUGUAUAUAUUCCUAGUCCAGUCUUCACACAUGGACAGCCCUACGUUGCCUUCUCACGUAUGACAUAA